CUCCCCGAUUAAAGAUACAAAUCUUAGAAAGAUUAACACCAUUAGUGCGCAUUCUGCUUGCAUUCUGAAUAGUGAUUUUUCUUAAGAGCUAAUUGAAACGAGUUUAAUAUUAUAUUGCACAGCUAGUAUAAUACACAAUGGAUAGUUAUCAUGAUGAGACAAUUUUGAUAAAAACAUAUAACAUCUUGCGCCUACUAGCAGAGAUAUUAUUACUUAUUUUGAAAAUUAUAUAUUAUAUUUGCGAAGAUAUAUACAAAUUGAUCGUUCCACCGAAGAAAAAGAGCGUAGCUGGUGAAAUUGUUUUGAUAACAGGUGCAGGUUCUGGUAUCGGAAAGGAAUUAGCCAUUGGCUAUGCUUCAUUAGGAGCAACAGUGGUAUGUUGGGAUAUAGAUGAAAAAACCAACAAUCAGACGAUGAACGAUAUUAAAAAAAUGGGAAGAAACUCUGUAUAUGCGUAUCGAUGUGAUGUAACAGAUAAAGAAGAAGUUUUUAAGGUAGCCGAGAAAGUGAAAAACGAAGUAGGUGACGUUACUAUUUUGGUCAACAAUGCUGGCAUAGUGUUUGUUAAAUCAUUCCUGAAUCAGACCUUAGAUGAAAUUGCACGAGUCAUAGAUGUCAAUGUAACAUCGCAUUAUUGGACAUUAAAAGCAAUUUUACCAAGAAUGAUCGAAAAGAAUUACGGUCAUGUUGUGGCAAUUUCAUCAAUAACAGGACUUGCUAGUGGGCCUUAUGGGACGGUUUACGGUCCUUCCAAAUUUGCAGUAAAAGCAAUUAUGGAAGCUAUUUCGGAAGAAUUGCGUAUUUUGAGUAAAGGAAAAUCUUCCAUCAAAUUUACUACUGUUUAUCCGACUUUUGUGCAAACCGGAUUUGCUGAAUCAAAAAUUAGGUUUUCAUGGUUAGGACCACUUUUACCACAGAAAGCAGCCGCGUUAAUAAUUAACGCACAAAGGCAAAAUUGUGAAAACAAAAGCUUGCCUUCAAUUGUUUUGCCCGGUUCUAAACUAAUGAGACUUUUACCUGACAAAGCAUUUAAAUGCAUACUAGACUUCAUCGAUAUAAGUGCUUAUCCAGAAGAAUAAGAAAUUGUUAUUCUUGAUUUUUCACGUCUCAUAAAACAUAAAAUUGUAUAAUUAUAAUAAAUUAUAUAAUUAUAAUAAAUCAA